AUGACCAGCCAAUCCUUCCCGCCGAAUUUCUAUCUUCAGCCCGUCCCAGUCGAUGAUGUGUACGAAUAUGAUGCGCUCAGCGCCUUCGAACCGGCACCUGCCACUCUCCAGCGUGCGCAUACCUUCGCGAACAUGUCCGAGUUUGGUUUCACCUCCUUAGAGUUCUUCAAUGGCCAGGAUCCCUUGACUCCGGCGAGUUGGGCUGGUGAAGAGAAGGGCAACUUUGAUGACGGCCUGUCCACCUAUUCAGAAGCCCCCUCGAGUUAUUUCUCUUUUGAUCUCUCAGAACGGCCGAACCUUGACUCCAUGGUUUCGUCUAGCCGGACGACGCCUCCUAUCCUGCCACAGCAAUCCUCUCCACCAGAGGCGGCCUCGGAGGUCGAUUCGCUCAUGAAGGCGAUACUGCCCGCCCCAACGCUUCCUCAACCUCAGCAUCAACUUCAACCCAGCGACUCCAGUGGGAAACCCAAGAGGCACCUUUGCCCUCAUCCCGAUUGCGGAAAGUUCUUUUCUCAACAAACCCAUUUGAAGAUCCAUCUCCGUUCCCAUACCGGGGAAAAGCCCUACACGUGUUCUGUCCCGACAUGUCGGCAAUCCUUCUCUCAAUUGGGCAACCUGCGGACUCACGAACGACGGCAUAUUGGUCAACGACCCAAUCGCAAGAGAUCUUCGUCUGAUCCUGGGGCCCGGGGCCGGAAGUAUGAAUGCAUCUUGGACGGUUGCCGGGGUGUUGAAGAGGGCCAUGCCGGCAAGGUCUUUACACAAUUGGGAAACCUCAAAGCACACAUGAACAAGUUUCAUAAAGAAACAUUGGCGAGACUCUCCCAACAAUUCGCUCAAAAUGAAGUGGACGAGGAGGAAGCGGAGUUGAGGAGGUAUUUCCAAGACCUCUAUAAGCACAGCAACAAGGGAAUCAAGGGACGGGGGAAAGGUCGCAAGGUCGAGGUUAUCGUUCAUCCCGACCAGCCCUGA